UCAUUCGUAAGCGCCUCUUCUGGCCUUCGAAAAUGGGCUUCAUUUGUUAGCCCAGAUUUUUUUUUUAUUUUCAGUUGUACCAUCUCCAUAUCAACAUUCUUAGAAAAAAAAGAUACGCCAGUCCGCGAUGACAUUUGGAGGUGAAUUGGCAGACAGAGUCAGCCAGGUAAUUUCAGAACUGGCUUCUGUGCGGGCUGACUGGCUUGCAGGUUUCAGUUCUUGUGCAGUUCAGUAAAGCAGCUCACUUGGCCCAGGGAUUGCAAUGAAACCAGCUCAGGAGCGCAACCAGGAGUGCCUGCCUCCUAAGAAGAGGGACCUACCGAUUAGUACCAGUGGUGUGACUGGAGGGACCGGGGGAGGUGGGGCUGCUGGAGGUGGUGGUAAUGGAGAAGAUGAAGGGCUUUCCAUCCAGAAUUCUGCAGCCAACAGUGACAAUCAUAGAGGAACCCCAUCUGGAGAGUGGGUGCGAGCUCAUCCGGAGCUUCAUUAUGGAGUGGAUAAUACAGAUGGAAUAUCUGCAGUGCCUGUUGACCAGUAUAGCAUGCUUUACAAAGUGGCCGUUCCAUCAGUUACCUACUCAUCUACCAGUCUUCACCCUGUGUUAAGCCACAUCUCCCCAGCUUAUACUGUCCAUUCUCCACUUCUGCAGCAUCCAGGCCUUCCCUAUCCUCCUCUUGGUUAUGCACAUAUCCCUCAUCCAUCUCUCCAGUUUGUUAGUUCCCCUUAUGCCGCAGUACCUUAUGCUGUACCUUCUGGCUUUGUACCGGGAUCAUUGAUUCCUCCGUCUGGUACCAUCUCUCAGCCUCACGCUGUGUCCCACCUGGUUCCUUAUCCAGCCGUCAUACAGGAAGAUGUUGUUUCCCCACCGCCUCAGGCCCAGGUUGCUGCUCAUUCAUUUGCCAAAGUCGCAGCUUCAAGUGGUGUCCCACUGAUCCUGCCUUCAGAGCAACUUGCCCAGCAGCACCUUGGCACUAGUGGAGUUCCACCCGCUGCCGAGGUCAACUCCCGGGGAGUGGCCAUUUUCUACCAACCUCAGGGCAGCCGGGCUGCCUCUGCCACCAGUGACUGCCACAGUUCUCAGCAGGAGACUAUAACAGAGAUUAAUGGAGGAGGAAAAGAGCAAGGCAUCAGGGAGGUUGGACCAGACUCUGCCUACGCUUCCAGAAAUGCACGUUUAUCGCAGGUAACAAGUGGUUCUGCGCCACAAGAACGAGUUCUGCUGAGCCGAAGGCUAGAAGGUCGAAACUCACCUGGUCAGUGCAGCACUCCAGACAGCGAUCUUGAGGUGCAGCAGGUGGUUGGUCGUCUGACUUUCUCGAGUCAGGCUGGGAGUGGUUUACGGAAAGAGGUCUCAUUUGCCCCCUUGAAUCUUUCUCAGGGUGGCCAACGAACCAGAGAUGUCCAUGGGGAGAUURGCGUCUCUGGUGCUGUGGCUGGAAGGACGACAUUUGUGGCACAAACCUCGAGUUACGGUGAUCACAGAGUGACUGGUCUUCAUCAGCAGCCAGGUCACGCUGUCAUGCUUGCUAACGGGCAACCAGUUCUCAUUCCCCUUGACUAUCACUCGCAGCAGCAACACUACCCAGGACAGGCUAAUGAUUCCGCAACCUCUUCUACUAUGGCCUCCACUAACUCCAGCUUUAAGCCCUCUGAUCCUUCAGCCAGAGUGUGCCUCCCUGAAAGGGCAGAGCCAACCACAACUCAGCAGCAGCAGCCUCCAGUCCAYUCUACAGCAGAUGCAGCUCAGGCCUUAGCUUCAAGCGUCGCUCCUACCCCAGCUCCUUCUAAUCCAUCCCACUUCAUGAAGGGGGCAAUCAUCCAGCUGGCCACCGGUGAGCUGAAGCGUGUGGAGGACCUGCAAACUCAGGAUUUUGUGCGAAGUGCAGAGGUGAGUGGUGGGCUUAAAAUCGAUUCCAGCAUGGUGAUGGACAUUCGUGCCAGCCAGCAGAGACCAGGUCUUGUAUCGCUUCACUUCACUGUGGGGGAGCAGCAGAGCAAAGUGACCAUCGACGUGCCCCCGGAGCACCCCUUCUUUGUUUUUGGCCAGGGGUGGUCUUCUUGCAGCCCUGAUCGUACGGCACAAAUGUACGGUUUGGCCUGCCACCAUCUACAAGUCGGAGACAUGUGUGUGUCCAUCACUCUGCAGCAGCAGCUUCAAUCACAGCUUCAGAAGCAACCACAAAAUCACAGUUCACAGCAGCAGCAGCAGCAGAACACGUCCAGGACUUUAACCAAAACGAACGCUACAUCAGGACCUGGUCACCAGCUCAUGGGGCCUCCUGCACCUCAGCAGUCACGGCCUCAGUCUCAUUUCAGAAUGGACCGCACCCAUAGAGAAAGACAGAGGGAUGGAGAAAAAGAUGUGGCCGAUAAGGAGGAAGCUACACAUUUAGGGGUCGCUGGACACAUUGAUUCACCAAUCAGAACAAGUAGAACCUCUUCAGARCAUCCGAGGAGUCAAAGCAGUUAUCACUUGCACAUGGAGGGCUCUGCUUUUGGAGAAGCAGGCGUGGGAGCGAUGCAAGCUGCACUAGGUGCCUCUCAGAGGCGCUGGUCUUCACCUGUCCUCCAAAGAUACAGUAUGAAAGGAGACGAAGGGCCACGUCCCCAGAUAAUCACCUCUGGCCACACGAGGCUAUCUUUUAUACCCCAGGAGGUUAAACUGUCCAUCGAGGGGCGCUCUAAUGCAGGGAAGUAGCAUCGCAUUUGGUAGCAACUCUAGGAGAGACUCCUAGGACUAAGAAUGAGUCUGACAAGGAGAGAAAGAGGGAAAAGAAAGAGUGUGAAUGUAGCCUCAGAAUGUUUGAGAUUUUGCACACCUAAAAAAUAGAAAAAAACACGAUCUGAUGAGAAGCUCUGCUUUACUACUCAGCCAAACAAGAGAAACCUUUUGGUUUCUCAGCCUGCUGAGGUCUGACAGAAACAUGGAAAACUGAGUGGAACGUCUGUAGCUGAUAAAAUGCCUACAAUAGUCCUUACACACUGCUUUUCUCUUCCUCCAUCCCUCCUUUGUCUCUACUCCCUCAUGCCCAUACCUGGACGUUGUCCCACAAACGACACUUUGGCUUUACCUUUUUGACCAAAACUGUUUCACCAGAAGAGCACACUUUAGGAAAAACACGUGCAGCAGCACAGUGCAGCAAUCAACUCUGAUGUAACACAAACUCACAGCCAGGGAUCUUUUAUCUUCAACACUUUCAAGAUCCUGCAGCCAUCCAACUUAUUUACCAAAAAUAAAGCGUAUUUGCUGACAUCAGCAGCUCCUGUGAUGAUGCUGUCAGUAGAUGUUAAGAUGUGCGUCUAGCCUGAGUUUAAAACCUCUCCUGUCAGCUGAAAUGCUCCCUGUCUUCAUUCCUAAAGGUCCUCUUUCAGGCGGCGUGGGUUAUUUCUAACUCGUCUACGAAUCAAGUAUGAGAAAUGAAUCAGUUUAACAAUCAGUUUCUCCUGUCUUGGUUUUAGGCUGAGAGCCAUAAUGCAUGCAUCUGCCAACGUGGCAGUGAGUGAAAUAAUGCCUUGUUCUCUCUGAUAAGCGAAACGUUUGAUCUCCGUGUCCUCAGUGAGAAUGUUGUUUGAAGCUGCGCGACACUCGCUGUACCUCCCAACGUCUUCGCCAGGCUUCAGUGUAAUAUUAAUCAACAGUAUUCACUGGCUACUUCCACCAGAGCCAUCGGUGGGAUUAAUCCCAAGUCAUUAACUUGUUGCACCGCUGGCUUCACUGCCAAGUACAUUAACCCCCCCCACCACCACCCACCAACUCAGGCCCAAGCGUGGGGUGGGUCUAGACAUUUGCCUUGUUGGAAAUGAUGUGAGGUUUAACGUUGGGUUUGUCUGUUCUCAGUUACUGAAUGAAAGCAAUAGAUCUUUUCACAGCACUUGGCUGCACUGCACUGUCCCAGGAAUUUCAUUGCGGGAUGUCCUAAAUCCUCGUCUCCAGGAUGUGAGAUCUUGCUCUCUUCUGACCCAACUUUUAGAAACGACGCACUGAGUUGGGCUUCAUUUUCACCGAUUCGUUUUCUACUCACUUCUCAAAGCGUUGUUGUAGAUUAACCCUCGUUUUGGUUUUCCAUUUCACCGCAUAAAAUCUACUAAAGUCUUCAGGAGGUGUGACGAGUGUUAGUUUUGUCCUGCAUUAUGUUUUGUUUUAAAGUUUGCAGUCAUUUGCUCGUGUGUUAAAGAUGUUCAUGUAUUGCACAAAUGUCACUGAUUUUAUGCUGAUCUUAAAAAUAGGAAUCACAAUACAUUAGUUUUUUUAUGUUGAAGGGAGUGUUUGAAGUAAGUGCUGGUGUUUUGUGGCAAAAGAAGAAGAAAAAACUGACUUGUAUUUUUAACUGUUUACAAAGUUAGCCAAGAUGAAUGCUGCAGUUUCUUCCUUCUGACUUAUUUUUUAUCUUAAUCUAAAGAGGUGAAAUUAAAACAAAGUGCAAUUAGACCAUACAUAAAUUCAUUUUGAAGUUUAUAAAUCAGCACAUUCCUUAUGCAGACAUUCCUAUCAGAAAGAGUAAAUGCUGCAUAAACAGUUUUCUCUAUUACAGCCAUAGAUAUGUACCUCUGACAAAACAUGUUUUUUUUCUUUUGAGUAUAUCAUUUUCUCCUUUUUGUGUCAUUCUCUGCAUGUUAUGAGGAGCUUUAAAACAUAUGUGCACCACAGAGAUCAUAUAAGACUAUAUGAUCUCUUUAAGGUGCACACAUUUCUUUAAUCAGACUUAAACUUUAACAAAUCCCUCAGGCACACAAACACAGUUCAGCCACUGCAAGUUUUGAGUGGCUGUAUGAAAAUCCUCCUUGAGGCCUCUGAAGUGUAUUAGAUGUAUUUGUCAUUCUGUGCAGUUUUACAAAGUAAAGCAAGUAUGUAUCAGCCAGUGUUGGUUAUUAAAGUAAACAAGUCAAAGGAUUUUACACCAAAAAGCCAUCCGAUUUUUAAAAUGCAUUGCACAAAAUAAAUCAGGAAAAAUAACUUUCAGUGUACAGAAAGAAAUUUGCUUUUUUUUGUACUACAGUAAUUUAGUCACAUCAGAAUCUCAACAUGUUCAGUUUUUUAUGGUGUAAGCAAUAUAUACUCAUACAGUUAGAAAUGUUUCAUGUAGUCUCAAUGUUCUCUAUGCAGUGAUCUCAGUACUGUGCCCUUCAUUGUCUUAUAUUACAGUUGUCUCAAACAGCAGGGCUUAUUAGUUCAUGCAGUGGUUUUUUUUUUUCCUGAUCUCUUGCUUCUGGAUAUGUAAUUGACCGACUUAUUAGAAAUUUAGCAGUUGUUUUAUGUUCAGGGAUUGUCAUCUUAAGUACUGAGCAUCCGAUUAUUUAAUUUUACUCUUUCAAUGCUUAACAUUCAGAGCCAAAAUCACCCGAGAUGUCUCCCUUAAACUUAGAGUUUUUCUAUAAUUGCCAGCCACUUCAAUGUUGUGUUUCAAAUCCCAACUUAAAUGGUGCAAGCUGUUAACCAGCCGUUUUGUUCUAGCUUUUUACCCUUCAUUUUGAGAGGCGCCUUCCGUGGUGAUCAUGAAAUGUCCCCUGAAACCAAGCUGUGUGCUGAAUUCUCUCCACAUCUUUGAUGUCUGUUGUAAUAAUUUGCACUAAAUGCCCUCCUUCAGUGUUUGGAAAUGAAAUCUGUUGGUAAGUUGAAGACGUACAAAUGUUAAAGCACACAAACCCCCCCCCAGAGGCAGGUUUUGUGUUCCUGUAGAUAGACAUGCGUUUCGUUAGUGUAGAUAGCUUUGAUGAUGCUUGUCGAUAACGCCUUAAAUUCUGCUUUGUACAUAUCGGACAUGUCCUGAGCAGAAAUCUACACACUUAGAAGGUUUUGUGGGUGACAGCAGGUUCCUCCGAUGUUUUUGGUUUGGUUACAUUUUUUUAUACGUUCUUUAUUCUCUUUCUUAAUAUUGACUUUGUGGGGUUUCUGUAUGUGGAAGUGGAUGAAAUUGAAGCGUUUUUAAGCACUUUUUUUUACAAGACUGUUUCAAGAGUGCCAGCAGUGAAGGGCAAUCCAACAGAUGCACAGAUUUUCUUCUUUGUUGCACAGAAUCAGUAGUUAUUUUUUUGUUUGUUUUUACCUUGUAGAGCAGAUGGGUUGUGUUUGGUGUGUCAUGCUGUUUCCCAAAGUCUCUCAACUGUAGGUUUUAUAUUUGGCUGCACAAGUCAGACAGCUUUCCAUUGAUGGAAAUGUGAUGGUUUCUGUUUGUGGCGCGUGAACAAAGUCCUUUCCAACCCAUUAUCGAACAGCAAAGGUGAACUUAGUGUAGUUAUGGUGUUGCUCUGUGUUGAUUUAAAUCAGAAGAAUGCGAAUGGUUAAAAGUUUUAAAGAAGUCUGUAUUUCCAGGUUUGACAUUGUGCUUUUUCUUUUUUUUUCCUGCACAAGGUGACACUGCUUUUUAUGUGACGUGCAACUAUCUUAAAAACAAAAAAAAAAAACAGUAUAUUUUCUAAUGCCUAAACCUGCAAAAUAUAUGCAAUUAUGUAAAUGUAACAUUCAAUCCUCAAGUAUAAUCCAGGUUGUAUGAACUUUGUAUAGUGAAUUUUACUAUUGUAUGGCCGUACCAAUAUGUAUUUAUCUCUAUCAGAAGCCUUAGAGUUGUUGACCCAAAGUGCUCCCUUAGAAUACCCUGCACCUACCUGACUUUAACAAAGCAUUAAUAUCUCUAUUUUGUUGCAUUUUUGUUUGUACCCUUUUUGAAUAAAAUAGAUUUGUACUGUAUAUUUGUACCUCUCUGUGAACUACUUAGGGCGUUUUAUUAUUUUUUUGUUUUGCUGUUUUUAAUCUUUCUUUAAAGACACAAAGAUAUUGUAUUUUUAUUGUUACAGCUAACAUGGAGACAUUGCAUUUAUCAUAUUUGUUAAGUAAACACAAUAUAAUAUAUAUAUAUAAAUAUAUAUACAAAUAUAAAACUCAAAAGACAGUC